AUGGACCUCAAGCACGACUUAGGGCCGACACUAGUUAUGUCGCCGACCAAGCAGCCCUCCUUUCGCAGCCCCAAGUCUCGCCGUUGCGCAAGCAGCCCACGUCCACCGGCGACUGCCGGCGCCACACCCGAUGUCAUGGCAUUCCAAGCACCUUCUCCAGUGCAAUGCAGCUCCCAAUGCAGUCAUACGCAAGCUUUGCAGCUGCUCGAAAUCAAGCGGCUGCGAGACCAACUGGCGGAGCUUCAGGUCCAGCAUAGCGAACCCAAGGACAAGGUGAAAAUCCCGCGGUCGGUCGCCCCCGCCGUGUUCUCUGUGACCGACGAAGGCACCAAGACGCGCAGCAUCACGACGAGCAUAGGACGCCACGUCAGCGUCGCGACAGGGCACGUACUUCGGUCGAUUCCAAAGCACGUUCCAAAUCGAGUUGCCGAGCGCGUCAGCGAGGCGUUUGUAAACCCUCUCAAAGCGAUUCAGUACCUCAACUCGUUCGAGUUCAGCGCAGACCUCCUCGCGAUGGUCAACCAAGUGUCGGUGCUGUUCCAGAACGAGCCACGCUGUGUCCCAAUCCAGAGUCCCGCGUACGUGAUCGGCGACAUCCACGGCAACUUGUCGGAUCUCAAGUUUUUCUCGGACCACUUGUGGCGCCUCGGCAUUGGGAUCACGGCGGGCACGUUUUUGUUCUUGGGCGACUAUGUCGAUCGCGGCCUGUCGUCGCUUGAAUGCGUGGCGUAUCUCUUUGCUCAGAAGAUCAUGCACCCACACAAAGUCGUGCUCCUCCGAGGAAACCAUGAAACCCGCGCCGUGAACGGAUGGGAAGCGCAUUACGGCACGGGGUCGUUCCUCGCGCAAUGCAAGAAGCGGUUUGGGAACGACGAAGGGUGCAAUGUGUGGCACCAAGUCAACAACGCAUUUGAUUGCAUGCCCGUGUCGGCAGUCAUCGACGAAGACAUCUUUUGCGUCCAUGGAGGUAUUCCCCGACCGGUCGGCGGGCGAAAUCAACUCGACUCGAUUCAAACGAUUCCAUGCUUGGCGUCGUUCGACACGUUGGGCAAGGCGCCGACCAAAGGCGGGGACGAGCAUGCUGAGCUGCUCCAAAUGGCCGAGGAGAUGCUGUGGGCCGAUCCGGCCUGCGAAGCGCAAGAGGUGACUCUGGACAAAUACGGAUUUGGCAAGAGCGCUCGUGGCGGCAACUCGAUAUCGUUUGGAAACGUUGCGAUCGACGACUUUCUCCAUCGGCACAACUUUUCGUACAUCAUUCGAGCGCAUGAAGCGUGUAGCCAGGGCGUGUCGUUGAGUAAAUCCGCGCGCGUCCUCACGGUGUUUUCAACCUCCAAGGACCAUGGCCUGGGGAAGCGAGCAAAAAGCGGCUGCCUCUUGGUUGAACGCGAUCGGAUCUUGAUCUUGAAUCGGUCGCACAAGUACAACGGCGGGUUCGUCCGUCGGCGUAGCAGUGUGCAGCUGUCGUCGAUGCACCCAUCCGACGGGGGAUCGACUGCUUUGUCCGCGGCGCCAACUCGACGAACGUCGGCCGCGUCGUCAAGCGGGGAGCACGCAAAUGACGACGAAGACGAAGAUUCGACCGACGAUGAAGUCGACGACACCAAAACCCUCGGAGGCGGUCCGGCUAGUUCGAAUUCCCAGGUCGCGAUGGACCUGGGCGACAACAACCAGGAAGAAUCGUGA